UCAAUGUGUUUGCAUAAUGAACCUGUGCAACAUAUAGAUGCCCCCUUCUGUGGGGACUACAUUGUCAACACAGAGGAGGGGGAGGAGUGUGACUGCGGGGGAGUGGACACCUGCGAUGACCCCUGCUGUCACCCCAACACCUGUACCCUUGUAGCAGGUGCAUCAUGUUCGGCCAUGGAUCUCUGCUGCAACCCUGGAACCUGUCAAGUUCGCAGUGCUGGAUACGUCUGUCGAGAAGAGAGCAACGAAUGUGACGUAACUGAAGUGUGCACUGGAACCAGCGCCGAGUGUCCGAAUGACGACUACAACAGAGCAGGCAUGGAAUGUACUGCAGAUGGAGCAUCGGGACACUGCUACGCGGGAAGCUGUCGAUCGGUUUACUCUCAAUGUCUACAACUUUACGACCCAACUGGCCUAUAUACUGACUCAGCUGAACGUGAUUAAUGUUGGAGUGUCAACACAAGAGGCGACGAAUAUGGAAACUGUGGUUCUAGUUUUCACGAGGAUCUAACUGCGUGUAGCCAAGAAAACGAGAGGUGCGGCAAGCUCAUGUGCGCGUUUGACAGUGGAGCUGAGCCCAUUUCUUUAUUCAAUGUUUGGCGGUUCAGCGUGAGCUAUAGCAGUUUCAGAUGUUAUACGAUUGGAUGGCUGUUUCCUUCUAUGGAUGUCGCUGAUGAUUGGGCUUAUGUGCGCAAUGGCAUCUGGUGUGCUGAAGAUAGUUUCUGUCACGACAGACAAUGUACUCACAUAUCUGAAAUACCCGCACUCACAACUUGUCCUUUCAACUGCUAUGGUCACGGAAACUGCAAUUCGGUAACUAACCAGUGCGAAUGUGACGACGGGUACAAUACUACGAACUGCGAGACGCUCACUCCCCCUCCAGCCACUGCUCCCCCUCCAACCACUGCUCCCCCUCCAACCACUGCUCCCCCUCCAACCACUGCUCCCCCUCCAACC